AUGUGCCUAAAAUGGACUAGGUCUAGAAGUACAGAUAAGGAAAAGACUAAAGCUAAAACUAAGGCUGAAGUUAAUGCUAAAGCUAAGGCUAAAACUAAGGCUAAAGCUAAGGCUAAAGCUAAGGCUAAAGCUAAGGCUAAAGCUAAGACUAAAGCUAAGGCUAACGAUAUGGCUAAAGCUAAGGCUAAAGCUAAGGCUAACGAUAUGGCUAAAGCUAAGCUUAAAGGUAAAGCGAAGACUUUCUACUAUUUUUGUAGUACUACAGUAACUUCUGAGAAAUCUCAUUAGUACCACAUUAAUAUCAAGACCAUUUCCUUAUCAGUACAGUAACCGAAUACAAUCCCCUCGGCAAGUACAGUAACGCCCCGUACGGGAUUCGGGGUAGGGAAAGGGGGAGUGUGUGUACAUGGUUAAUAUUGGCACGCGAUUAUUUGAAGGAAACGAAAGGGGGCGUGGCCGGGUGGGGGGUUUCGAGACGGGUCAAAACGCGUUAAACGGGAAAUUAAAUCUCUCAAGUGAACACUUCACUUCAACGUGCUCAUCUUCACCCAUUAAUUGACUUUAAUUAGGAUUCUGGAGCAAAUUUUUUGCUUGUUUUUUGUGGUUUUGAUAUGUUAAGAGGCUAUCAAUGGGCCCUUAAAAAAUGUAAAACUUUAAGUGGCAGUUAAUAUAAACUUUGAGUAGGGGUAGGUAGAGGGUUAGAGAAUGUAAGAUAGUGGGUUAAACGGUGUAAGGUGGAGAAGAUUAAGCAGUGUAAGAUAAUGGCUUAGACAAUGGAAUACAAAAACUUAAACAGUGUAAGGUAAAGGCUUAAACAUUGUAAUAUAUAGAGCCUAAAGCAGUGUAAGGUACAAGCAUCAGAAAUUGAGUUGAUAGGUUAAGUAGGGGAAGAUAAAAGAUUAAGUGGGGUUAAAUGAUAAGUAUGAGGUGGUUCAAGACACUCAAAUUAUAAGAAAAAAGUUUUUUUCGCUACUGUUUUCUUAAUGUAUAGUUCUAGUCUUUACCUUACACUUAGCCUUAUUUCUAGAUCUAGCUUUAGCCAUGACUUCAGCCUGGCUUAAAUUCAUCUUUAGGCUCAAAAUUCAUUUUUAGUUCUAAACUUUGUGUAAACUUGUGCUACUUAUCAAUUAAAAAAAAUUUUAUAUGUUUGGUGUUGCUUUUACUGUUUUACAUUUUUUUCUUAAAAAUGACUUUUUAUGUCAUCUUUUUUUUAUAUUUAGGCUUAAUUUGUUGUGCAAUAUGUUUUUGUAGCUUUUCCAUGUAAUAUAUGACCAAUUUAUGAUAAUUUUUUAAUUUCAGCGGCCUUUCUUCAAUUCCUGGCCAAAAUGACGCACGAAUCCAAUCUGGAGCCUACGCCGAGUACCACCGAAAACGGUGCAGGUCUAUUGACUCCUGCUUUGAACCAAACCAUCUCCUGGGCCAAUGGGGCGAACGCCGCGAACGGCGGCGCGGUCAAUCCGUAUUUCAACUUUGGCAGUGGUUACACUAAUCCAACCGACUUUGGGUGGGUGGCUUUCUAUAUUACAGGGGAUGCUGGAUAAGGGGGGGGGGGGAAGAUGUUUAAGGUAGGGACAGGGUAAGGGUGUUUUAAAAAAUUUAAAAAUUAUUUAAAAAAUGGCAAGAACCUUCUUUACAAAACAAAAAUAGCAAGAACUUUCUUUACAAUACAAAAAAUGGCAAGAAUUUUCUUUACAAAACAAAAAAUGGCCGUUUAUGACCAAUAGUAACCAAGAACCGAUACUGUAGCUCUUUUUGUAUGCAUUUCACAAAAUGUGACGUAAUCGUCGAAAAUCGACUGGUAGCAGCUUUUAUGGGGUUAAGUGUGAAACUUUUGUCACAUGUUUGUCAAUUCAUUAGCAAACAUUGCGUAAUAUGGAGUUCAACUUAGGUUUAGAAUAAGGGUGUUUUACAAAAGAAAUUUAAUUUUUAAACUCUAGCUUGACUUUAGUUUUAACCCUAAGCUAGCCCUAGUCUUACGAUUACAAAAAAAAUUUUAAAAAUUUAUUUUUUAUUUUUUUUUCAAUUUUGAAAAUUUUAAUUUUAGAUGCAACUGGAAUUGGUCUGCUACUGACAACCGGUUUCAAAACAGUAAGUUUCAUUUUGUUAAAAAACAUUUUUUGUCAUCAAAACAUUUUGAACCAACCGUAUUUUACGGUUGGUUCAUUUUUUUUGUAGAACAGUAAGUUUCAAGUUACUACUGAAACUUACUGUGAAGUAAAGCGUAACAAAUACUUUUAGAAAAAUUAAAAUUUAUUCGGUAUUUUAAAAAAUUUAACUCAAUUUUGACUUUUUAUUUCCGUUUUACCAGACGAAGCGAAUGAAAGUAUGUAAUUACUUUCACUACAAUACCACAUAUAACUUCUCUUUUGUCGUUUUUUGAAGAAUUUGCGGUAAUUUUUCGAUUAUUUUCACUUUCGCCGACGAAAAAUUUUGGUUUAAUAACCCGAAAAUGAGCAAAAAUCGAUUUUCAACAGAAAAAAAAUUAUAAAAAUUUUGAAGUAAACUUACUUUACAGUAAAUAUGCUUUUUUAUUACUUACAGAGUUUAAAAUAGUCUUUGCGCCUUUCUCCCUUAGCCUUGUCCUAGUUUUAGCUUGACCGUUAGAAGUUAGGUUAGCCUUUUUCCUAGUCUGCACCUUAUUCCUAACCUUACCUCUGGUCCAAGCCUUAGUAGUUUUAGUGUGAGCCUUAGUUUUAGUAGCCUUAACCGUAGCUCUUGCUUUAGAGUUAACCUCAGAUUUAGUCAUAGCUUUAGCUUCAGUAUCCUUAGUUUUAGUCUGGACUUGAGCCUUAUUCUUAGCCUCAGCUCUAGCCUUAUCUCUAGCUCUAGCCCUAGACCUAGCUUUAGCCCUAGCUUUAGUCCUAGCCGUAGCCCUAGCCCUAGUCUUAGCCUUAGCUUUAACUUUAGCCUCUACCCUCAUAUUAACUUUUGCGCUAGCUUCUAUAAUCACACUGCCAUUGUCACAUUUAAAACCCACUAUACUCCUACUGUAGCCUUACUUCAUUAUCCUUCACUUGUGUAGAAAUUUAAAGAGAUAUCAGGCUAUGAGAGAAAAAGUGGCCCAGGCAGGAGUCGAACCCUGCAUCCUUCGUUUACCGGACGAAUGCUCUACCUAUUAAGCUACCGGGGCUCCUUCUCUCAAAGCCUUAAUCUCAAUCAGUUUCUUAUCUAUCUCAGUUGCUUUUUAUAUUGUUUUAUCCGAAUAUUUAAUCGGAAUAUUCGACACUUGAUCAUCUUCUACUUCCUACAUUCACACUUUUUUGUACUAACCCAUCUUUCCUCGUAUAGAAUGUAAAAUGUAUUACAUGGUUAGUAGAAAAACCUCGAAUCGUACAUAGUAAAGACAUCUUAAAGUACGUUAAUGUUUAAUGUUUGUAGGGUAUAACACCACUUGAACUCGACUACAUAAAACGUUGACAACAGUUUCAUUUAUAAUAGACACAUGUCGACUACAAUACUUUAGUUUAGCUUUAAAAGUCCGUCGGGUGGUGUUGUAACUUUGAUUUUUUUAAUUUGAAAAAAGGCAUUUUUGUUUAAAUUGUCUUAAGGCACGUUUUGUAAUAUUUUUUAUGCUUCGAUAAACUUAGAUUUCUUGUCUACAGUAGGCCUAUAGACUAGAAAUGUGUUUAUCGUGUCUUGUGUUCUAGAAAAAAGUUCUUGCGAUAGGAAUGGAGCUUAGGCUUAAAAAUGAACUUUAGGCCUAAAAAUAUAAUUUUAAACUUAUAAAUAGUCUUUUCGGCGUAAAAUAAUGUUUAGGCUUUAAGAUAUAUACUUAGACUUAAAACAUGCACUUUAAAUUUAAAAUGAAAUUUUAGGCUUAAGAGGUGCAUUUUAGGCUUAAAACUUAAUUUUAGGUUUUGAAAUGAAUUUUAGGUUUAUCAUGAAAUUUUGAGCUUAAAAUUAAAGUUUUAGGCUUAAAAAGUGCAUUUUAAGUUUAAAAAUAAUAAUUUAGAGUUAAAUGACCAAUUUAGGCUUAAAAGUAAAAUAUUGGGCUUAAAAAUGAUUUUUAGACUAAAUGAUGCAUUUUAGGCUAAAAAAUAAUAUUUUAGGCUUAAAAUUGAAUUCUGGCCCUGAGAAAGCCUUUUAAGCGUAAAUAAAUUUUGGCUUGCCAUUACUGUAUGUUUUUUUAUUUCAAAACUUCUACUGUAUAUUUAAAGAUACUGUAAAGAAAAAACGUUCGUUUUAUAACAUAUAGAUAUCAUAUGCAUAUACGUCUACCACAAAAUGUACCUAUAAUUAUAACAAAAAGGCGUCUAGCAACGCCAUUAUACCAUUACAAAAAAAACGACCAUUAUCAAAAUGUACUGUAAAUACGAACCUCUAAAAGUGCAUUCGUUGGCCGCUUUUUUGUGGCCAAAUACAAAAUGAAGCCUCUUUUUUCCGAAUUUAUUAACUUUUUUAAAUUCAAUUUUUGACGCCAAUCUCGUGGCCUCAUUCGAGGCCUGUGCAAGGAACGUGGUGAGGUCGUCUUAGGAGGGAGAGGAGGGUUGGGCGAAGAGAAGGGAAAAAAAGGGGGGGGAGAUGUUUUGGGAGGAAAGGAACGGUUGCUCUCUUGGAAGAUGUUAGAAUAACAUAGUUACUUGUGAAUGGUGUUCAAGUGUUUCAAAAAGUUUUCAUAAAGGCUAAGGUAGGGAUCAACGUGAGUGCUAUAGGCAAGAGUAGGGCUAAGGCUAGAGCUAAGGCUGAGUUUAAUACAUGAAGGUUUACGAGGGGGGGAGGAGAUUUUUUUUGUUUAUAGAGAAGAGUAGGGGGGGGAGAAUUUUUACAAAAACAUUUAAAAACAGUUUUUUUUGUAGGCGUGGGUAGUUGGGUAGUAUUUGAAAAGCCCUAGCCCUGCCCUAUUAAAAGGCUUUGCACGGUGCAAUAGCUCUACUUUUUCAACCCUGCCAAUACCCUGCCUUACAAUAUAUACACAACCCUACUUUACCCUACUCUACCCUAAUUCACCCUACCUUAACUUGUUCUACCCUACCUUAACGUGUCCUACCCUACUCUCCUUUAUACUAACCUACCCUGCUCUUUCUUACUCUACACUACUCGGCCCUAAUUUUUAACUUUGCUUUACCCUACAUCUUUACUAGUCCUUACCAUAGCUUUUUUAUGUCAUUCUACUUUUAAAAUUGACCAUACCUUCCAAAAAAUAAAAAAAAAUUUUUUUUAUUAAAAAAUUUUAACAAAUUUUCUUUCAGUAAACCGUUUCGGAUCAACCACGAUGGGUAUAAAUGGAAUGGACGGCGCAGCCUCACCUUACUCAGCAGCUCUGAGUUUCGCGGGAGCAAUUGGAGCCAAUGGCCAGAGAAGGAAGCGGCGCGUUCUCUUCAGUCAGCCUCAGGUCCAAGAGCUGGAGAAGCAGUUCGCUCUGAAAAAGUAUUUGAAUGCCCAGGAGAGAGAGCAGUUGGCCGCGCUUAUUGGGCUGAAACCUACUCAAGUAAGUUUUAAAGGUUUUUGAACUUUUGAAUUUUAAAAAAAAUUUUUAACUUCAUGUUAGCUUUUUUGGUUUUUGAACUGUUCAAGGCUUUGAAUAUUGUUUUAGGUUAGGAUUAUAGGUUUUAGGCUUGAAUUGAAAUUUUUUGUUUUGCCAAAAACUUUUAAGCCUAAAUUUCAUUUUAUAGCUUAAAAACUCACUUAUAAGUCUAAAAUUUAUAUUUAAGCCUAAAAUAUGAUUUUUAAGUCUAAAAUUCAUUUUUAAGCCUAAAAUAUAAUUUUUAAGCCUAAAAUUCAAUUUUAAGCCUAAAAGUUAUCCUUAAGCCUAAAAAUUCAUUUUUAAGCCCAAAAUUCAAUUUUAAGCCUAAAAAUUAUCCUUAAGCCUAAAAAUUCAUUUUUAAGCCUAAAUUUUAUUUUUAAAAUAAAUUUUCAUUUUUAGGCCUAAAAUUCCGUUUUUAAGUCUAAAAUUUUAUUUUUAUGCCGAAAAACGACUUUUAGUCGGAAAGAAGUAGUUAAAGCCUUAUACCAUUUCUAAUCCCAUUCCCCAUUCCAGGUCAAAAUCUGGUUCCAAAAUCACCGUUACAAGUGUAAACGCCAAGAACGAGAGAACCGAAUGUACAAUGGGACCGGCUGUCACGAUGAAUCCCGUUCUCCGCACUCUUCCAACAAUGGGUCACCUUCUCCAGACACCCUCUCAGUAUCACCGACCACACAGAUCAAGGCCGAGGUGAUGGGAAUCAAAAGUGAGGAUCAGAAAGUGAUGGAUGCUGAUAUGAAUGCAUUGGGAAUGGCAGGGACUGGCGAGUUCAUGAGAGGCAAUCCUGGUCUUUAUAAUGUGAGUUUUAGUUGUAUUUUUAGGCUGGGGUAAAAUGAAGGCGUGGGUAGGGUAUGGUGUGGUAUGGUAAGGUGGAGUAGGGUAGGGUACGGUAGGGCAGGGUAGGGCAGAGUAGGGUAGGGUAAAGUAGGGCAUGACAAAAAAAAUUUUUUUUUCAAAAUUUUAAAAUUCAAAAAUUUUUAAUUUCAUUUUCAGUACCCCGGAGCCAAUGUGUACAACCCGAUACCAAACUUGUUCCUACAGCCCCAGAACUACAACUACAACCCUAACUUUUAUCCGCGCGAUCGUCAGUUCUAA